AUGAGUUUGUUAGCUCCUCCUCCUCCUUUUCCUCCAGCUUUUAACUUUUCUAUGCUCCCUUCAAACUUGAAUCCAAACGACGCGAACCCGCCAUGGAUGAGCAAAGGUGACAAUGCAUGGCAGCUAAUUGCAGCCACCCUAGUGGGUAUGCAAAGUGUGCCAGGGCUUAUAAUACUGUAUGGUGGAGCAGUGAAGAAAAAAUGGGCAGUAAAUUCAGCUUUUAUGGCUUUAUACGCCUUUGCUUGUGUUCUUGUUUGUUGGGUUUGUUGGGGAUACAGAUUGUCAUUCGGUGAGAAACUUAUACCAAUAUGGGGAAAAGUAGAUGUUGCGUUGGAACAAGAGUACCUUUUUGAGCAAGCAUUUCUUGGGCUAUUCCCAAAUGCGACUAUGGUUUUUUUCCAGUUUGUUUUUGCGGCAAUUACUUUGAUUUUAAUUGCGGGAGCAUUGCUGGGAAGAAUGAAUUUUUAUGCGUGGAUGCUAUUUGUUCCAUUAUGGCUAACGUUUUCUUAUACAAUUGGAGCAUACACCAUUUGGUCUACUAAUGGUUGGUUAUCUCUUAAGGGUAUUAUUGACUAUUCUGGUGGAUAUGUCAUCCAUUUGUCUUCUGGAGUCGCUGGUUUUACCGCUGCUUAUUGGGUGGGUCCAAGGUCAACAAAGGACAGAGAGAGAUUUCCACCAAACAAUAUCCUGCUAAUGUUGGCUGGGGCAGGACUAUUGUGGAUGGGGUGGACAGGGUUCAAUGGAGGAGAUCCAUAUGCAGCCAGCAUUGAUGCAUCCUUGGCAGUGUUAAACACACAUGUUGCUGCUGCAACCAGCUUGUUAACAUGGCUCAUUCUUGAUCUCAUCUUCUUUGGAAAACCUUCUGUUAUUGGUGCUGUCCAGGGCAUGAUCACUGGCUUAGUUGCUAUCACUCCUGCUGCUGGUGUUGUACAAGGGUGGGCAGCCAUAAUCAUAGGACUAUGCUCAGGCUCUAUUCCAUGGUUCACAAUGAUGGUUGUCCACAAGAAAUCUGAGCUUCUUCAGAAAGUGGACGACACAAUGGCUGUCUUCCACACCCAUGCAGUAGCCGGUAGCUUAGGAGGAAUCCUAACUGGCCUUUUUGCUAACCCGAGACUGUGUUACCUUUUCUAUGGCUACUACAACAAAUACUAUGGAUUCUUCUAUGGGCUUCGCGAUGGAAAAAUCCACAAUGGGUUCAGGCAAAUGGGUCUUCAGCUUCUCGGGAUUCUGUUUAUCGUAGUAGUGAAUGUUGUAAUGACAAGUUUGAUAUGUCUUUUGGUGCAACUCAUUGUGCCUUUGAGAAUGUCAGAGGAAGACAUGGAAAUUGGAGAUGAAGCUGCACAUGGUGAGGAAGCUUAUGCUAUUUGGGGACAAGGUGAUAGGCUUGAGAAAUCUACCAGUGAGUACGGUGUUUCUCCUGUGGAG